UUUUCAUCCGUGGAUAACGAUCGAGAGGAGCCGGGGGGGGUGCGGGGAGCCCGGUCCCGGCGGGGAGGAGGCGAUGCAGACGCCGCUGGAUCAGCGCGCAAGGGGCCGGCACGGAGCGCAGCGCCGUCCGCAUCCAACUCCCCUGCAGCGCAGGAUGAAACCGCUGGCAUCCUGCCUGGGCCUGUGGCUCCUCUUCCAGCUCCCUUCUCUGGUCUCUGGGACACGAGUGGUCUACAAAGUGCAGGAGGAACAACCCCCCAACACCCUCAUAGGGAGCCUGGCCUCUGACUAUGGCUUCCCAGACGUGGGGCACCUCUACAAGCUGGAAGUGGGGGCUCCAUACCUACGUGUGGACGGCAAGACUGGGGACAUCUACACUACAGAGACCUCCAUCGACCGGGAGAGCUUGCGUGAGUGCCAGCACCUCCUGCCCGGAGAGCCCUGCUUCCUGGAGUUCGAAGUGUCCAUCACUGACCUGAUCCUGAGCAGCGGCCCACGCCUGCUCGAGGGACAGAUAGAGGUGCUCGACAUCAAUGACAACACCCCCAACUUUGCCUCGCCUGUUCUCACCCUCUCCAUCCCUGAGAACACCAAUAUUGGGACACUCUUCCCCAUCCCCCUGGCCAUGGACCGGGACUCGGGCCCCAAUGGUGUUGCCUCCUAUGAGCUGACGGCUGGUCCGGAGGCGCAGGAGCUCUUUGGGCUGCAGGUGGCAGAGGAUCAGGACGAGAAGCAGCCACAGCUGAUUGUCAUGGGGAACCUGGACCGGGAGCAGUGGGACUCCUAUGAUCUGACCAUCAAGGUGCAGGAUGGAGGCAACCCACCGCGGGCGAGCAGUGCCCUGCUUCGCAUCACCAUCCUGGACAUGAACGACAAUGCACCCAAGUUCGAGAAGGCCCUGUAUGAGGCAGAGCUAUCUGAAAACAGCCCUGUGGGGCACUCGGUCCUGCAGGUGAAAGCCAAUGACUCAGACCAGGGUGCCAAUGCUGAGAUUGACUACUCCUUCCACCAAGCCUCAGACAUGGUGCGGCGGCUGCUGCGCCUGGACCGCACCACGGGGCUCAUCACCGUGCAGGGACCCAUCGACCGCGAGGAUGUCAACAUCCUCAAGUUCUCCGUCAUGGCCAAGGACAAGGGGGCCAACCCCAAAAGUGCCCGCACCCAGGUGGUGGUCACCAUCAAGGACAUGAAUGACAACGCACCCUCCAUAGAGAUUCGGGGUAUAGGGCUCGUCACCCACCAGGAUGGCAUGGCCAACAUCUCGGAGGACGUGCCAGUAGAGACAGCAGUAGCUCUGGUACAAGUGUCCGACCGAGAUGAGGGUGAAAACGCAGUGGUGACCUGCGUGGUGGCGGGUGAUGUCCCCUUCCAGCUGCGGCAGGCUAGUGAGACAGGGAGCGACAGCAAGAAGAAAUACUUCCUACAGACCACCACCCCGCUGGACUAUGAGUCAGUGAAGGACUACACCAUUGAGAUUGUGGCGGUGGACUCGGGGAACCCGCCUCUCUCCAGCACCAACUCUUUGAAGGUGCAGGUGAUGGAUGUCAAUGACAACGCACCCGUCUUCAGCCAGAGCUUCACUGAGGUGGCCUUCCCUGAGAACAAUGAGCCCGAUGACCUGGUGAUGGAAGUGAGUGCCAGCGAUGCUGACAGUGGCUCCAAUGCCAAGCUAGUGUACUCCUUGGUGACAGACCCCUCCUCCAAGGGAUCCUUUGCCAUUGACCCUGACUCUGGGGAGAUCCGGGUGAAGGCGGUGCUGGACCGAGAGCAACAGGAGCGUUAUGAGUUCUUGGUGGUGGCAGCAGACAAGGGCACCCCCAGCCUCAAGGGCACAGCAUCUGUGGCCGUCAACGUCAUGGACAGGAAUGACAACGACCCCAAGUUCAUGCUGAGUGGCUACAACUUCUCAGUGAUGGAGAACAUGCCACCCCUCAGCCCUGUGGGCAUGGUGACGGUGAUCGAUGCUGACAAAGGAGAAAAUGCCCGCAUCCAGCUGUCAGUAGAGCAAGACAACGGGGAUUUUGUCAUCCAGAAUGGCACUGGCACCAUUCUCUCCAGCAUCUCUUUUGACCGGGAACAGCAGAGCACGUACACUUUCAGACUCAAGGCAGUAGAUGGUGGGGAUCCUCCCAGGUCUGCCUAUGUGGGGGUGACCAUCAACGUCUUAGAUGAGAAUGAUAAUGCCCCCUUCAUCACUUCACCCUCCAAUGCCACUUACAAACACAUCCUGCCCCACACCAGCCCUGGCCAGCAGGUGAGCAAGGUGAAGGCAGAGGACAUUGACUCUGGUGUCAAUGCAGAGUUGAUCUACAGCAUCACAGGAGGCAACCCCUUCGAGCUCUUCCAGAUCUCCCCGCACAGUGGGGACAUCACCCUGGAGAAGGAGAUCCUGCGUAAGCACCAUGGCCUGCAUCGCCUGGUGGUACGCGUCAAUGACAAGGGCAAGCCCUCGCGGCACGGCACGGCACUGGUGCACUUCUAUGUCAAUGAGACGCUGGCCAACCGCACGCUGCUGGACACGCUGGUGGGGCACAGCCUGGACACCCCACUCGACAUUGACAUUGCUGGAGACCCCGAAUACGAGCGCAGCAAGCAGCGAAGCAACAUCCUCUUUGGAGUCAUCGCCGGCAUCGUGGCUGUCACCCUGGUCAUUGUGCUGGUUGUCCUGGUGCGCUACUGCCGGCAGCGGGAGGCCAAGAGCGGCUACCAGGCAGGCAAGAAGGAGACCAAGGACCUGUAUGCACCCAAGCAGGCCAGCAAGAGCAGUAAGAGCAAGAACAAGGUGAAGAAGAGCAAGUCUCCAAAGCCACCCAAGCCCACAGAGGAUGAGGAGGAGACGGGGCUGCAGAAAUCGCUCAAGUUCAACCUCAUGAACGACUCUGUCAGUGACAGCCCCCGAAUCCACCUGCCCCUCAACUACCCUCCGGGCAGCCCAGACCUGGGUCGCCACUACCGCUCCAACUCGCCGCUGCCCUCCAUCCAGCUGCAGCCUCAGUCGCCCUCUGCCUCCAAGAAGCACCAAGUGGUGCAGGACCUGCCGGCCACCAACACCUUUGUUGGCACUGGGGACAACAACUCGACGGGCUCCGAGCAGUACUCGGACUACAGCUACCGCACCAACCCCCAGAAAUACACCAACAAGCAGUUACCUCAUCGCCGAGUGACGUUCUCUGCAACCAGCCAGGCUCAGGACCUGCAGGAUCCCUCCCAGCACAGCUACUACGACAGUGGGCUGGAGGAGUCAGAGACCCCGAGCAGCAAAUCAUCGUCAGGGCCCCGCAUUGGGCCACUGGCCCUGCCUGAGGACCACUAUGAACGCACCACACCCGAUGGCAGCAUUGGGGAGAUGGAGCACCCUGAGAACGAUCUCCGGCCUCUGCCCGAUGUAGCCAUGACUGGGACCUGUACCCGGGAGUGCACAGAGUUCGGCCACUCCGAUACCUGCUGGAUGCCCGGCCAGUCCUCCCCCAGCCGCAGGCCCAAGAACGCCCUCAAACUCUCCACUUUUGUGCCUUACCAAGACAGAGGGAGUCAAGAGCAAGUCGGGAAUGGCAGCCCCAGACUCUCAGAAGAGCGCAGCACCAAAAUGGCCAACCUCCGCCUGCUCCCCACGUACAGUGCCUUCUCCAAUAGUAGCCAUGAGCCCUGCAAGGACUCUCCCAUGGAGGAAAUUCCUCUCACCCAGACCUCGGACUUCCAGCCAGCCACCACCCCCUCUUCCCAGACCACCAAGAGGGAGAUCUACCUGUGAGGCUGGGCGAGGGGCAGGGAGCAGACGCGCUUCUGAGGCCAGUGUCCCGAGGAACACUUUAACCUUCAAUGCUUUAUCGCUCCGGUUCUCCAGGCAGGGGGCUCUGUGGACAGCAGGGCAGGGCAAGGCAGGGAUGAGAGGAGCACCUUUUUAACCUGUCCUUUCCCGGGGCCAGGGGUGGGUGGGAAGGAUGGAAGCAUCCGAAAGCCCAUUUCCAGGCACUUGUGGGUGCAUGUCUCCGAACUGCUGCAUCGCUGGGGAGGGCUGGGCAGGCUCCUGGUGCAGAGGGCAUGGCUGGGGAGAAGGGCUUAUGUACCAAAGGUCCAUGCAGAGCUGGUGAGUUCCUGGGGCAUAGGAUAUGGGGUGUCCCCGUGCAUGGGGAGCGAGCUGCCUGUCUCUUUGCUGUAGACUCCUGUAAAUACGAAGCUUAGGAAUGACAUUCAAGUCCUGCCUGAUUGAAACUUUUUAUUGUCCUUGAAACAAAAGACAUUUAAACAAAAACAAAACAAAAAAACAGAAAAAAAGGAAAAAAAAAAGAAAGAAAAAGAAACCAGAAACAAACAGGGAGCAAGUUCCAGCUUUGAAUGGUUUGCUGUGUGGAGAAGCCCGUGGGAGCGCAGCGUCCGGCCCACACUCAUGUUCUAUAUUGUAAAUAGAGAUGUGACCAGUCCCUGAGACAGCAGCUGGGGAGCUGGAGGAGAGGGCAGCGUCCUAGCCGGACUGCAGGGACUUCUCAGCCUGGACCUCUUCCUGAACGUUGUCACUGUGCCCACAAGCUGCAGGGUCCAUAGGGACUGCCCGGUGCCAUAGGUGGGGUCUGCUUUGGGGGGGUUCCCUGGUGGUGGCGGGUGGAGGAGGGAUGGGGAAGCCCCCAGUGAAGGGACCGGCUGGGUCCGGAGAAGCCCUCAGUCCCACUCUGCUGGCAGGGAGGUCGUCAUUGGCUCUGGUGUCUCAGCCCAUCGCCUUGUGCCUCCUCCGGGGCAGGGGAUGCCUGUGGGGCCGGCUGUGCCAUGCCUUUGACCUCCAUCCCAUCCGCCUGUAAGCCACCAUUGCCUUUGUGAGGAGGAGCUUUGUCUCAGGGUCACACCGGGGGCUGCCGAGCCCCUGCCCACUGGACUCCUGCUGCCCUUAGGCCACAGGGCCACUCUCACGGGGUCCAGCUUUCUCUUCCAUUGUCAAAGGUCCACCGGUGUCCCCGGCAGGUUCCCACUGCCCCGGCAUCCUCGGCUCCCUUGCAGGGCACCCAACCGGGGCAAUGGAGAGGACCCCCUUGCCCCUCAAGGGACUCCACAGAGGGGGAUGCCUGGGCUCUUUCCUGAGCCUCUCUGCUCCCUCGGAGCCAGGGCUUCCUGUUUUGGGGGCUCCAUGGGCAGGAGGGGUCCAGGGGCCUCACACCUCAUUCCUGGAUAGCCCUUCCUGGUCCUCCCCUGCCAGGAUGCGGGGAGGGGCUGUGCUGCACCGUUGUUCUUCCCGUAUUCACAUUGAUCGUCUUCAUCUCUGGCAUCUUCCUUAGGGAGCGAGGCCAGCGGUAACUGCAGGACGGUUGCCCCCGUGGCUCAUCUCCGGUUCACGCAGCCCAGCACAGUGGGGUUCUGCUGGGCUCGACUGGCACGGGGACACCGCAGGGAGCUGGCACCCGGCUGCUGUGGGUCAGAGACUGCCCUGCCAUAGCUGUAGUGCCUGUUGGGGUGCAGCGCACCGGGGACCCCUCUUCCCAGCCUCCUCCCUUCCAGCACCCCUGUCUCUGAGCAGCUCCUCUCCCUCUGCUUGGGCAGCGGUGGCAAGAUGGGGGCAGCUCCCCAGUGUGGCUCCAGUUGGCCUGAGGGGAUGCAGUGGGUGCCAAGAGAAGGGUGGCAGAAGGCGCCUGCUCACACCCUGUGCCCCAGCCCUGCUCCUUGCCAUCCCCGGGCAGCACCGCAUCGCCCGCAGCCCUGGCACCUCCGGGUGUCACCGGAGGGGGCAGGACCCUCCUCCCGGCCUCCUGCUGCUGCUGCUCCCUUGGCAGGCACGAUGCUCCGGUGAUGUCCGGCCGGGCAUCCCUGCUCUGCCCUUGCCCAUGGCGGCCGGACGGCAGGGUCCGUGUUCCCCUGGUCCGGCUGCCUGAGCAGGUCACGCUCCUGAACUUGUUUUUAUUGUAGCUCUGUAGUUUCAGGGCCAAACUGGGCAGAAUGUGCAAUUUGGCCUCGCUGGCCAGGAUCUUUGACUCCACUGCCAACUCGACUGCUCACGCCUCCCCUCGGCUCAGGCAGCAGCAGUGUCCAGUGCCCCUCUUGGGGACCCCCUGAGAGAGCAAGACCAGCUUUUACCCCAGCCCCUCGUCUGCGGGUGGGCUCCCUGCCUUCUGCUCGGGGUCACAGAGGGACUCUGAAGCUCGAAGCCCCAUGGCUGGAGUUGCUGUCUUGUCUCCUGGAGCGCCUGGCGAUGUCCUCAGUGCAAGGGAGGGUGAAUGCAGAGAGGGGUCCCUGAGGAGCAGGGGGUUUGUGCCAUGGGGAGGGUGGG